ACUGGGGAAAUACAUCACUGAUCACAACAUGGCGAGCUGAGCGGUGUUUACACUCAGUCUGUGGCCGAAGCGGAGCAGUAGAGAGGAUGUGGAGGCUGAACAGAGUUCGUCACAAAGCGGGUAGACAGGUCGGCAGCUCCGAGGAGGUCCGCCUGAAGAGGAGGGAGCACGAGAGAGCACUGAGACAGGCCCGCAGAGACAGACAGCUGGUGAGCAAGAGGCUCCUGCUGAAUGAGGAUGAGGAACAGCCGGAGGUCAUCAUGGACACCAUGUCAGGAGAGCAGGACGUGGUCAGCUUGCUCCACAAACUUCAGCACAGCGGGCCUGAGAGGGAGACCCACCUGAGAGCCCUGAGCAACGCUCUCCGUGGCCCUUCAGCACAGCUCAGCUUCAUCAAGCAGGAGAAUAGUAUGCACCUGCUGGUCAGUCUCCUCACUGGCUCUAAUGCUCAGUGCCGUCUCCAUGCUGUCCGCUGUCUUCAUGAGCUGUCUCACUCUCCCCACACCAAUGUGGCCCCAGCCUGUCUGCCUGCCACCCCUUACCUGCUCACCUACCUGUCUGGCCAGAGCACCAAGUUCACUGAGCUGUGUCUCUACACGUUGGGUAACUUAUUCCCGGACAGUGAUAUUGUGAAAGAGAAACUCCUGGCUCAGGGAAUCAUACCAGCUCUGGCCAGCUGCCUAGAGAACCAGAGACAUAAUCUGUCUGUGGUGGAGGCGGUGGGGUUCACCCUCUCUCAGCUUCUGCAGGCCAAAGAUGCAGCAGAGAAAAUAAUCCCGCAGGUCCUGGCCUCCAGUUUACCUUCCCAAUUGCUAUCAGUCCUGACUCCAGACCCAAACUUUGGCCUUGCACCUGCUAUUGAGUGUGCGUGGUGUCUCCACUACCUGGCAUGCAGCAGUGAGGACAACAGAGAGCUGUUGGCUCGAGGGGCCCUGCUGCAGUGCAGUUCUUUGUUAUUGUCACUAGGUGAUGCUGUCGCUGAAGGAAAGAAAGAAGAAGGAAUGGAGUUGCUGGUCUGUCCUGUGCUGCGGUGCGUGGGAAACCUCCUGUCCCUCUGCCCAGUGGACAGCCUGAGCACUCAGGUAGGCGACGUACGACUUGUGGCUGCUGUGUGUGUACUUCUUCAGGCCUACCCACACACCCAGCCAGCCUUGGCCAGGGAGAGCGCCUGGGUCCUCAACAACCUCACAGCUGCCUCCAGUGAUUUCUGCUCUGCUCUACUCUCUCUCAACUUGGUCCCUGGACUUAUCCAGCUUCUGCCUUUCUCUCAAGGCAUAAAUACAAUGGUCCUCAGAGUUCUAGCAAACAUCGCCCACAAAAAAAAAAAGUUCUGUGUCCAGCUGGCCCAGCUUGGAUUGGUUUCCACACUCUGUGCAACACUUAAGAUGGCUGACCAAGAAAUGGUGACCCUCAGUCUGGAGGUCCUCUUCCUGCUGGUCCUCAGCACACAGCAGGUGGCGGAUGAGUUUGUGAGGCUUGGUGGAGUUUCACUGUUAGAAGCCAUUCAGUACAAUAGUGAAGGAGAGAUGAGGCGAAGAGCAGCAUACCUCCUGGAGCACCACCUACUGACUCACUCAUCAGACCUCACAGUGGACAAUGUCCUGUGAUGCUGAGUUCACACACAUAUACACACACACACACAGGAUACAGUGAGUCCAUGGGGACACACCUAAUGAUACAGGACAACGUCUUUAUACUUUCACUUGUGUGUGCUGAGAGAUAGAUGCUAUUUUUAUAUUUAACAAUGAUGAUGUUUUACCAUUGGAUAUCAGUGUUGUUAAUAACUGCAACCAUGAAGUAAAGUUUUUUUAUCCCUCUAGAUUUAACCUCAAUCACAAAACUUUUCGUAAAAUUGAAUGAGAGAGUAAAUAAUUAUAUUUAUGCACAAUAAUGUGACUAUAUGUAUAACUGUAGAGGACAUGCAAAAUGAAAACUGACUGUAAAUAUCUGGAAUGAGGGAGAUGAAAACUACCUUUUUGUGAUGCUGGUGAUGAUCAUGGAUUUUAGAUAUCAGCCAGAAAGGCCAAUGCAAUUUUACGUUUAUCAAAUAUACUAAUAAACAUCUACAGGAUAAACAUGAAA